AUGUCCUUUUCUUUUUUUUCCUUUGUUAUUUUAUCGAUUGGUCUUGUACUGCAUCUUGAUGCUAUCAGCAGUCCCAUUCCACCAUACACUAAUUAUACUUAUGCCACAGAACUGUUACCCGAUCUUGCUGAUCUCUGGUGGUCGAUCGACGAUCUUCGUAAGGAGAUCACGUUCGAAUUUCAUAUCAAAACAACUGGCUGGAUUGCAUUAGGCAUAAGUCCCGCUGGUGGUAUGAUUGGUGCUGAUAUCGGCUUGGGAUGGAUCGAUCAAUCAGGCCAACUGCAUUUUGAAGAUCGAUAUGCAUACGGGUUUUAUCAACCGAUGGUGGACAAUACAACACAAGAUUGGUUUGGAUUGCAAGGUUGCGAAUUGAAUGGAUGGACAGCUAUUCAAUUCAAACGACUCUUAGACACUUGUGACAUCAUGGACUAUCCCAUCAAAUCCGGAACCAAUAUUGUAAUCUAUGCCUACAGUCUCAAAGAUCCUAUUAUAAUUGAUGGGAAAGCGACGAUCAAGUAUCAUGGUGAUCGACGAUAUACUCGAGCGAUUCCACUACAAUCAUACGCAAAUCCACCACCAGAGAGCAAGUUUGCUGGCCUCGACUAUUUCGAUUUUCAAUUGCACAAUUAUUCAAUACCAUCAAAUGAGACGACCUAUCACUGUACAGUCUACAAAGUGCCAGCGAAGUUUCCUAAACGAAGACAUGCUAUUGCAUACAAAGCCAUCAUUGAUCAAGCCAACAUUGAUAUUGUCCAUCACAUGUUGAUGUAUGAAUGCAAUCCAUCAGCUAUCUUCGAUGAUGAAAAUUUGCCUUCUGGUAUAUGUGAUGAUCUUGGUGAAGUUCUUAUACCUUGCCCAUCAAAUAUCGCUACCGGAUGGGCUAUCAAUGAGUUUCCCGACAUAGCUGGAUAUCCUGUUGGUGGAGAUUUUGAAAUCAAAUACUAUGUAGUUCAAAUGCACUAUAACAACAUGCAUCUAAUGUCAAAUCGUACGGAUAGUUCUGGUAUACGAUUCUAUUUGGGCAAUGAACUUCGUCAAUAUGACAUCGGCUACCUGACAUUAGGCCAAGAUUCAGACGCCACUGCAAUUGCUAUUCCACCGUAUGAUGAUCGUUUAGUCAUCGAUUCUUAUUGUCCUGCUCUAGUCACAAAAGUGAGACGCAGCAUCUCGACAAAGAUCAUUCGAAAUAAGAAAGCAGUUCAAUAUCUCUUCAAUGCUGAUGCUUAUACUUUCAAUUAUCAGUUCCAGAAUCGUUUACCUCAACCGAUUACAUUGUAUCCGGGUGAUGAAUUAGCAACACGAUGCAUCUACAGUACAACCGACAAGAGUGUCAUUACUCUGGGUGGAGAAGCAACGAGAAACGAAAUGUGCAUACAUAUGUUCAUUUACUAUCCUCGUGUAAAUAACUUACACCUUUGUUCGAUGACCAAUUCUAUAGAAGCAUGGGCACAAGUGACAAAUUAUUCAAUGUCAGUGAAAUUUUCAUUUUAUCUGCCUGCAUAA